AUGUCCUCAACCCUCGAGCUUUCAGAAAAAAAAAAGGCCGAGCUAGAUAUACUUGUUGAAAUUGGAAAGAGCUGGAGGAGGUUUCGCGAGUCCUUAAAAUGGCUGUCAACUCAUCUCAGAGCUUCCAAAACAUGCAGCAUUGCAUGGAAAUCCCCUGUCUUUGAAUCGAGCGAACGUCCAAUAACACAUUCAGCUACCAAGAGUGAGCUCUUUUCAGGUGUUGUAACUGUACAAUCAAGCCAGGUUCGGGAGCCAACAUCUGGGGCAUGGAUUGCAGGUCCAAAUCUUACGGCUCGUGGGUUUGCAGUCAGUUGUGGAACAACUACUAGUGUCCUGCAUGGAUUAGCCAAGGGUGCUAAAGGAUUAGCUGGUCUUGGAAGUUCAGGACUUUCCUUGGUUUCUCAAUUUUCAGCUUCUUUUCAAAUCCCUGAAAUAUUUGUUGUAUAUUUAUCACGAUCUGAAAAUGGUUUCAUAUAUUUUGGAAAUGAAACAUACCUUGUGCAAACCCCUCUAUUGGUCAACCCAGUGUAUAGUCAAGGUGCUUCGGCUGCUACUGACAGUGAUUACUUCAUUGAUGUGAAAUCUGUCGAGAUAGACGGUGAAAUUGUCCCCAUAAAUAAAGAAUUGUUGUCCAUUAACAAGAAAAAUGGAGUUGGAGGAACAAAACUUAGCACUAUAGUUCCUUUCACUGUUAUGGAGACAUCAAUAUACAAGGCUUUCACCAGUAUUUAUAUAAAGAGAGCUAAAGCUAUGAAUUUUCUCAGGGUUGCUUCGGUUGUGCCUUUCAGUGUUUGUUUUAAUGCAUCUACAAUGCCUACGGGAGUGGGAGCAAUAACUUUUUCUAUACCAAAGGUGGAUCUUGUCUUGCCCAACAAAUUGAGAUGGCAGAUGACUCGGCCAGAUAAUGUUUUGGUGCAUCUUCCGGGUAAUUUGGUGGCGUGUUUGGCAUUUGCAGAUGGUGGUGCAAAACCGAGGACUUCAAUUGUUAUUGGUGGAAAGCAGUUGCUAUACACCGUUCUACAAUUCGAUAUUCCAAGAUCAAGAUUAGGAUUCAGUGCAGGGCUUCAAGGCUUCAAAUCUUCACACUUGUCGAACAAAUACACAUCUGAAGAAAAUGACAGUGAGGAAACCGAAAAGGAAAAUAGAGGUGGAGGUGGAAUUGGAAGAGGAAAAGGUCAUACUAUUAGUGAAGGUCAUUUUGGCGACAACGUUCUUGAAAAUCUUAUUGGUACUCAAGAUCAAGAUCAUUGUGCUAGAAAACAUGAUUUAUAUCUUUUAAAGCGCAACAAGUUAGCUUUAUUAGCUAAUCUUAAGUGUCAAGAUAAUGAUACGCAAUGUCAUCAUCCACGCGAUGAAUUGAAAUCUGAUAGUUCAAGAGAACAACAUUCAAUACCAUUUGGUGAUCAAUCCUUUUAA